GAUAUUCCUAAUUUUUGAACUCACUCUAGAAUGUGCUUCAAGAUUCUCAUUUCCUUGAAAACCCCAGUAACCUCCGCCUCCUAAAACCUUACUUUCACUGUACACCCAAAACCGGCUAAAACCCUAAUGUCUUCUUCCAUUUCCCUGCGCCUGGCGCGCCACCUCUCAACCUCGGCAGCCGCCGCCGCCGCCACCACUGCCACUGCCACUGCCGCUGCUUCUUCAACAUCCGGCGCAACCAUCUCUAUCUCCAAAGCAAAAUCCAAGCUCAAGUCUGAGCACGAUCCAGACAAAGCCCUAAAAAUUUACUCCUCUGUUUCUAACCAUUACACUUCUCCUUUAUCCUCCCGUUAUGCACAAGAAUACACAGUCAAACGCCUCGCUAAGUCCCAUCGUUUCUCCGACAUCGAAGCCUUCCUCGAGUCUCACAAGGAUGACAAAAAAAUUACCCAGGAACCCUUCCUUUCCUCUAUAAUUCGUUCGUAUGGAUUAGCUGGAAUGUUUGAUCAGGCGCUUAAAACUUAUCUUCAAAUGGACGAUAUAGGUACCCCUAGAUCAGCAGUUUCGUUCAACGUGCUUCUUUCAGCUUGUGUGAACUCCAAAUUAUAUGAUCGUGUUCCCCAGCUGUUUGAUGAAAUGCCAAAGAAGCAUGGAUUCUUACCUGAUAAAGUUUCGUAUGGUGUAUUGAUUAGGUCUUACUGUGAAAUGGGGAAGCCUGAAUUGGCAAUGAAGAAACUUAAGGAGAUGGAAGAGAAAGGUGUUGAAAUUACAGCUGUUACUUUCACAACCAUAUUGCACUCCUUGUAUAAGGGAGGAAGGAGUGAUGAGGCUGAGAAGGUUUGGAAUGAGAUGGUGAAGAGAGGUUGCGGUCCGGAUGUUGGUGCUUACAAUGUAAAGAUUAUGAACAUUCAGGGUGGUGAUCCUGAGGGAGUGAAGGGUUUAAUUGAGGAAAUGAGCAAUGUGGGCUUAAAACCCGACACGAUCAGUUACAAUUACUUGAUGUCUUGUUACUGUAGGAAUGGGAUGAUGGAUGAAGCUGAGAAAGUUUAUGAGGAUUUGGAGACAAAGGGGUGCAAUCCAAAUGCUUCAACUUUUAGAACUUUGAUAUUCUAUUUGUGUAAGAAUGAACUGUUUGAGACAGGGUAUAAAAUAUUCGGGGAGAGUGUGAGAGCAAACAAGAUUCCGGAUGUCAAUACACUCAAGUACUUGGUGCAUGGUUUGGCGAAGAGUUCAAAGGCGAAAGAAGCAAAAGAAAUGAUCAGGACAAUGAAGAAGAAGUUCCCUGCUAAUGUGGUGAAAGUUUGGACCAAGUUAGAGGAUGAGCUUGGUUUGGCUAAAGUCGACAUCAGUGAUAUCAAGUCUAAUGUUGCUUAGUAAUGAUUUUUGUUUGAGAUAUAGCUGUAAGCAGUAGCCAGCUUUAUAACUGUUGAGGAACUUUACAUGAUUGAAUUUUUUUGUUUGUCAUAAAGAUGUGAGUUAGCACUUGGCGCUAACAUUUGUUGUGCCAUUUAUUUUUGAAAGCUAAUAUAGAUCUUUUACUUGGAGUUUUGUAGUGCUUUUGAAGAUAUGCAAAUGUUCAAUUCUA